AUGUCGAAGAAACCCAUCGUACGUAGUCAGUUCGGAGCGAUCGUUGCCAUACGAAGGCAAAGACUGACAUAUAUGGCUAUAAUGGAUGAAUACGCAAAGAGAGGUGAUAUUCACAACACAGAAAAGAUGUUUCUUAGGCUGAAGUGGGCUGGUUAUGAUGCUAGAUUUCGUCAGUUCCAAGCUCUUAUUCAGGCCUACGUAAAUGCCAAGACACCAGCUUAUGGGAUUAGGGAGAGAAUGAAGGCAGAUAAUAUUUUCCCAAAUCGAGCCUUGGCGGCGCAAUUGACGCAGGUUGAUGCAUUUAGGAAGACAGCUGCGUCUGAAUUGCUUGAUUGAGGAACUUGUUGGUUUCUCUUGGAAUGAGCUA